AUGGGAUUGCGGGGACACAGCGCCAGAUCUGCGGCUGAUUUUGACCACCGAGCUCGCACCGAGAGGGUCAUGAAGCAGCAGAACAAGGUUGCGCUGGUACACUUGGCGGACCGCCUCGGUCACGGCUGUCGAAUUUGGCCGCGCGAUGACGACGAUCGAAGCGCCGGAAGACUUGCCAAUCGGAAGGGCUCGCGAGGCGCAUUUCCGGAAGAAAGCGAAAGGCAGGCGGGCCCAUGCGAUCUCCACCUGGGCCAUCUCGCGCCGGCCAUCGAGAUCAACACCAUCUCCCUCGUCGCUCGCAUUGCAGUCAUGGCAUCAACACAGCCCUCCACAUCCACCAAGAAGGUGUCGAGCGAAGACAUCAUCUCGCAAAAGACGGACCUGUGCAUUAGCAAUGCGGUAGUCAAGACCGGAAUCGGCUUCUCGGCCGGUGUUGUGCUCUCGGUGCUGCUUUUCCGACGACGUGCAUUCCCCGUCUGGCUCGGAACCGGCUUUGGUCUGGGCUCUGCAUACACGGACUGCGAGCGCUCGUUCAACCCUGUCGCUGUUCCCGGUGUGCGCGUGGUUCCGUCGAACAACUCUGCCAACGUUUCGGCCAGUAGCUCUUCGCCACAGACGACGUUUGAGAAGCUGCAACAAAAGGCAGGCGAGGCAUUCGCGGCUGCCAAGGACAAGACGGCACAGGGCAUCGACAAGGCGCAGGAGAAGGGCGCCCAGGUGGCCGACAAGGUCGAACAGAAGGGCAGCCAGGCCAUCGACGCCGCCAAGGCCGAGGCAAAGAAGAUCGAGGACAAGUACACUAUCCAUUCGUCACUCGAGCCGAACCGCCUGCCCGGAUCCGACUGCCUGGCCUGUCGACUGACCGGCUUUGCGGCGAUGAGCGGUCUGGGCGCCUACUCGUUUGUCGAGGCGUAUCGGAUGGGCACCUUGCGGCGCUCGCCGCUGCCGGCCGGUGUCAAGGCGCGCCCCGUGUGGGGCGCAACGCUCGUCGUGUUUGGACUCGGCUGCUUGGGCGCUGGCGUGAUUAGGCUUGGCGUGUAA